AUGGAGCCUCCAGGGUUCAAAAACAUGAACUUGACUGUGAAACCCACAGCUGCUGAGUAUCCAUUAUGUGAGGAAUGGAGAGACACUUCAGAGGGCUCUGUGUUCCACCUCGCCAAUAUUUUUCUGUUCUUUGGCUUCAUGGGCGGCAGCGGCUUUUAUGGACUACUUUAUCUAUUUACCUUUCUGACUGUGGGCUUCUUCUGCUCCACUCUGUGGUCAUGGUCGGACUACUGCACAACGGACUCUUUCCUGUGGAGUUUCGCACUCUUCGGAGUGUGCUUGGGACAAGUCCUGCAUAUUGCCUAUCGGCUGAGGAGCGUGUCCUUCGACAAGGAAUUUGAGGAGCUUCACAACUGUAUGUUUCAAAAACUAGGAGUGUCACUCACACAUUUUGGGGAGAUCGUGGCCUGCUGUGAUGGACAAGUCCACACCAUAGAGAGGGAUCACUGUUUCGCCAUAGAGGGAAAAACCUCUAUUGAUAAGCUGUCGGUGCUCUUGUCUGGAAGAAUCCGUGUGACAGUUAAUGGAGAGUUUCUGCAUUACAUCUACCCUUUCCAGUUUCUGGAUUCACCAGAGUGGGACUCUCUCAGACCAUCAGAAGAGGGUGUAUUCCAGGUGACCCUGUGUGCUGAUAACCCCUGCCGAUAUGUGGGGUGGAGGAGGAAGAAGCUCUAUCUGCUUUUUGCUAAGCAUCGCUACAUAGCUAAGAUCUUUGCUCUGGUUGUGCGCAAUGACAUUGCAGAGAAGCUGUACUCCCUUAAUGACAAGGCUUUUGACAGGUUGGGUCACCGAUAUGAUCUCCGCUUACCAAGUUACUGUCACAUGUCAGAGACUGAAUUAGAAAAGGCAGAGGUCUUCCUGCAAGUGCCAGUACAGGGGGCAAUGACUGCCUGA